GAAGAAGUGUGCACGAAAGAGACGAAUACUGAUCUUCUUCCCGAAAUUAAAUACAAUGUAGUUAAUGUGUCUGAGGAUAAGGUGGAAGAGCACAAACAGGAUGAGGAAGAGGAGGAAACCAAAGAUCCGAGCAGCCCGAGCACUAAUCCGGAAGUAAGCGGUGGCGAGACAAAUGCUGAGGGUGAAACGUCCACCAAUACACAGGGGGAAAGUGCUCCAGCAGCCCCUGAAGACCCAAUACAGUCCCCAAACACUGUUUUGAACGGGACGAACUUAACUGAUAGCCAAAUGGAAGAAGAAUCCAAAAAUGCAAAUGGAACGGAUGUGUUGAGAACUGACAGCAGCAUCAUGGUCUCCUACAUGGCCCCUCUUGCACUUCUUGUGUGUGUUGUUGGUUUUGUGGUGGUUCCAUGA